AGAUAAUGUUUGAUUCGAGAUAAUGUUCCAGUCACCCAUUGGUAAACAUGCGAGAACUAUUUACCCUACUCGUUUUACACAUGACAUUAGGGAUAUACACAGCCCUUCCCCCACCACCUAAUGACGUCACUCAGCAUCACGUCCGCGCCGACAGUGAUGAAGUGCCUAUCUGCAUCCCCCCGACGAGUAUCUGCUCGCUGAACGACAGAGGCCACCUACAGAUAGAGUUCUCUGCCCUUGGUAGGGCCUUCAAACUCCAUCUAGUUCCCAGCCAUCCUCUUACUUCCGCCUACGGGGAUUAUGGGAUACCAAUCAUGAUCUGGGGAAAAGAGAGGAAGAAAGUCAAGAUGCUUAAAUUUCACGAGCACAACAUUCACUUCUACCAUGACCAGGACACACUCGGUGCAUUUGCCGUCCAGUUCCACGUGUCUGCUAGCGGCACUCAGUUCAUAUCUCUGGACGGCAUCCUGCCCGGCAUUGACUACGACGUUGUUGUCAGUCCAGUACGGACUUCCGGUUCGAGAUGGGCGCAAGAUGGCGGCGUCACAUCUCUGCACAAAGUCUUGAAGAGAAUCCCUGACAAGACUUCACACGCAAUGUCACCCUCCCACCUUGUCCCCCGGGACACUCACACAGCCACUGCCUCACCCCCGGGCUCUGUGAAGGGCACUGUAGAGGUUCUAGUGUGGACGGAUUUCUCCAUGUACCAGUCGUUCCUCAAACAAGUCGGUAGUCAAGGCAACGUAGACAUGGAGAUCACGUGGUACGUCGCCGUGGUCGUCAACGCAGCAGACAAGAUAUACAAGGACGGUAUACGGGACCCUACGCUCAACAUAUCCCUUACUUUGGCUGGAACUAUUGUGUGCACUACCCCGGAAUGUUCCCGCUUCACCGAGAGUCACCGCAUCAACGACACCGUCAACAACCACAUCGCUCUUGACGACUUUGCCGUCCAACUGAGUCAAGCCUACAAGGAGACCAGAAUUCACUUUCGGUUUGACCAAGCCACAGCAUUGACCAGACUGGACAUUGUCGACCCUAACGGAACACCUAUAGGUGUGUCCUUCACGGACAAGAUAUGCUCGCUGUACGAUGGCAAAUCCUCCUCGCUGGUAGAGGACCAAGGUGCAUUCAGUUGUGUGGGAACAGUGGCUCACGAGCUGGCACACGUGCUUGGUAGUGAUCAUGAUGGGGCGUACCGUGGCAAGUCAUGUUCCGCCGCGGAUGGAUACAUCAUGUCUCCAUUAUCACCACUUGUUACGAACGGAUUCUAUUUCUCGCAGUGCUCGAUUGAUUCAAUGAAGAAAAACCUGUUAAAGCAAUCAUCGUACUGCAUUUACAACAAGGCGCCGGUGAAUCACCUUUAUGAAUCUGUGUCGACCACGAUGCCGGGCCAAGUGUACAACGCCUCACAACAGUGUGGUGCAAUAUAUGGCACUGACUUCUGUCUGAGUACAGGCACAACACUGGCGGAUAUCUGCCACAAGAUGUGGUGCUGGGACCCUCAACUCACCAACGUAUGUUCUACCAAGUCAGCUGCAGCUCUCGGAACGUCCUGUGGCCCGAACAAGUGGUGUGUGGAAGGAGCGUGUCUCUAUGACCGCAGGGCGCCGAUUUGACGACAUCUCACACGCUACGUGGGGUGAAUAUCAAAUAUCACAAGUAUGCAUUUUGAUCGUGGUCUGGAAAUGUCAGUUAAUAAUAAACGGUUAUAACGUUUGCUUUGAUAAUUCA